AUGGCAAUUUCGAUAUCGAAAAAUACAAAGAAGAGGUUACUAAAAAAAGCCCUCAGUUUCGCUCUUUUGUGUAGCGGCCAAUCUCAUUAUCUGUGCAUUGGUAUUCGCAAAAUUAUUGAGCCAAACCUUUUGCUUUGCUAUAUGCUCGACAAUUUCGUUGCGUCUGACACAUGCCAGUUAUUUACAUCUUCAUACGUUCGCUUAAUGGCACGUCAUAAACACAUGAGAUGCCUCACACGCGAGAAUCAUGCACCCGGAGUCGCCUUCAUUAUGUUAGUUUCAACCCAUAGUUUGGCAUUGAGCCAAAUGCCGUAUACGCGUGUCCAUGAAUUGAAUUUGGUUAAUUCAUCCACCGAGCAAGUCGUUUCAGUUCGUUAA